GAUUCCACCUUUUCCUCUUCUUCCCUGCUACAUAUUGUCUGAAUUCAAGUGGGUUUAGGGCAUUCCGCCUGAAGCUAGUUUAAACUAGUGGAUGAAUCAUAACUUCUGCUACUGUCUCUCUUUUAUCAGUUUCCUUUUCCAAUCACCAGCUUUUUCUCCAUCAGGUUAAAAUGGCCUCUCUUCUUCAAUAACCCAUUGAAGGUUGAGCAUCUGAAGCAAACCGAUCCCAACAGCUAGUUCAAACUAGUUGAAGGACUCUCUUUCUCUGCUACUAGUUACCAUACUUUGCUUCUUUUCCUAGUUUGCUUAGGAGUUGAGAAUUUUUAAGAGAUGGGGAGGGGGAAAAUAGAAAUAAAGAGGAUCGAGAAUAGUGUUCACAGGCAGGUGACCUUCUGUAAAAGGAGGGGUGGUCUCAUGAAGAAAGCCCAUGAACUUUCUGUGUUAUGUGAUGCUGAGGUGGCUCUCAUUGUUUUCUCCAGCAGAGGAAAGCUCUAUGAGAUGUCCAGUGAAAACAGCAUACUGAAAACAAUUGAGAGAUAUCAGAAGUGCACAUCAAAUGUAGACGUUCUCAAAUUCUCAAAUAUGACUUCUCAUGAGAUUAUGGAACAAGAGUUGAAAUUGCUUAGGCAACAAAUUGAUCUCUUAAAAAGUACUAACAGAUUAUUAAUGGGUGAAGGACUUGGUCCAUCAACUACACAAGAAUUAACUCAAUUAGAAAGCCUUCUUCAAACAAGAAUAAAUCAAGUGCGAGCAAAGAAGAAUGAACGACUGCUCGAUGAGAUUAAGCUCCUACAAAAGAAGGUACACAAAAAAAUCACAUUAUGA